ACUUGAUAAAAACAAAACUUUUGAAAAAUAUUUCCUUCUCAUUUUUAAUUUUUAAAUUAAGUAAGAAUGAACCAGCAAACGCGUGAUAUGAAUUCGUUUCUUGCUGAACAAGCAAUGCUUCUCGCUAACAAUUCAGUUAGUUUAACGCAAAUCUCAAGACCGGUUUCUAUUCCAACAAAUAACAGCAACAAGCAAAAUAUUCAAAAUCAACCAUCGCCAAUUUCGACUCCUACACCAAUGCAAUCGUCAUCACCAGCAAGUUCCUCCACUUCCAAUCUCUCCAAGUACAGUCAACUUUUGCUGGUAUUGGAAGAAAUGGGAAAAGAUAUUCGUCCCACGUAUUCUGGAUCUCGAUCAUCUGCCGAAAGAUUGAAAAGAACCAUUGUUCAUGCACGAAUUCUUGUCCGCGAAUGCUUAUUGGAGACCGAACGACAGCAAAGUGGUCGACCAUAAAAAAAGAAAAUUCAGCUCAGCUGUCUAGGAACAGGAAUGGAAUUUUGGAGAAUUAUUUCUUCAGAAUUAUAACGAGUAUACUUGAUUAGAAAUUUAGAAAUCCGAAAUAUCGACGAGUAAAGUCCUCCCCUGAAAAAGAAGUAAACACAAGUGCACCACAUAACAUUAGAACUCAAGUACAAAUUGAUGAACCUUCUCACAAUAGCCAAGAAACCUGAAAAUCAAAAUAAAUAUUUUACAUAAAAAGUAGAAAAGUUGCUUUAAAUUUAGAAGCAACCUCAGGAUAAAGUAUAAAUUCAGUUCGUCUUAAAUGUCCUUUAGAAAAUUUUACUUCCCAACUCACAUCAUAAAUAUCUAUUAAUAAAUAAUAAUAAUAAUUAAUCAAAAACAAAAUGUAUACCAAGCUUUCAACGAUGAAAGCAUUAAAAAUCAUUACAAUAAUUUCAUUUUAUAGCACAUACCGCGUUUCUAAUUGUUUAAGGGCAGAUAUUUUUUACUCUAAAAUGCUGUAAUCUAGAGUUUUGUUUUAAUAAUAAGUUAAGACAUUUGAUAUAUUGUUGUGCUGAUAAGGAGAAGGAAGAAAAAGUAUUAUAAACACCUUAAAGCCAACAACCGUCUAAUUGUAAUCUCUUAAGCAUAAAUGCUAUUUAAAAUAAAGAGUUAAGAUUAAAA